AUGGAGGCUUCGAUCCAAGCCAGUGAACCUGCCGCGCCGCUGGCAGCUGUGGCAGCUGGGCCAGCUGAUCCUGUCCCAGGUCAAGCAGUUGGAAAGACUGUUAACGCCCAAGAACAACAAUCACAACUUCAGCAGCAGCCUCAGCAGCAGCCCCAACUUUCCCAAGCCUCUCAACAAACCGCUGCGCAAGCUCCGGCCCAGAAUCAGCAAGCCCUCUCCAGCCAACAGAACUUCACAACCCAACAUCGCCCGCGAGUGAUGGCACGAGACAGAUACAACCACCAGUCGCUCGGGGCCUCCCUGAACUCAUCCGUGAAACAGGCUCGAGUCUUGAUGGUCGGUGCAGGAGGCAUCGGAUGCGAAUUACUCAAGAAUCUGGCUCUCACGGGCUUCUCAGAAAUUCACAUUGUCGACCUCGAUACAAUUGACCUGUCGAACCUGAAUCGACAAUUCCUAUUUCGACAGGAGCAUAUAAAGAAAUCGAAAGCUCUGGUUGCUAAGGAAGUCGCCGAGAAGUUCAAUCCAAACGUCAAAAUCGUCGCCCACCACGCCAACAUUAAAGAUGGAAAUUUCAAUGUUUCGUGGUUUCGAAAAUUUAGCAUCGUAUUCAACGCACUGGAUAACUUGGAAGCUCGACGACAUGUCAACAAAAUGUGCCUUGCUGCGGAUGUGCCUUUGAUAGAAAGCGGCACCACUGGUUUUAAUGGCCAAGUUCAAGUUAUUAAAAAGGGUGUAACGGCAUGCUAUGAUUGCACUGCUAAGGAGACACCCAAAACAUUCCCCGUCUGCACGAUCCGAAGCACGCCGAGUCAGCCCAUUCAUUGUAUUGUCUGGGGCAAGAGCUAUCUUAUGAACGAAAUAUUCGGCGUCAGUGAAGACCAAUCUGCGUUUGAUCAUUCGGAGGAUGCGGAGAACGCCCACGAGAUAGAAGAGCUCAAGAAAGAGUCCGAGGCUUUAGAAAAUAUCCGUGACGCGGUUGGCACUGCAAAUUUCCCCCAAUUACUCUUUGAUAAAGUCUUCAACAGCGACAUCGAGCGAUUGCGAUCGGUCGAGGACAUGUGGAAGUCACGGAGAAAACCUGCGCCUCUGAAUUACGACACUGUUUUCAAUCAGGCUACGGAUGCUAUCGCAUCAAAGGACGAUAUUCUGAGCGAUGACCAGCGAGCGUGGACCCUCGAAGAGAAUCUUGUUGUGUUCAGGGACAGUCUGGAUCGCUUGAGCAAGCGAAUGCUGGACCUCAAAAAGAACAAAGACCUAUCUGGUCCUGAGCCAACGAUUAGCUUCGAUAAGGACGAUAUUGAUGCACUGGAUUUUGUGGCUUCAUGCGCCAACAUCAGAUCAACUAUUUUUGGAAUUGAUCGUAAAUCACGAUUCGAUAUUAAGGAAAUGGCGGGAAAUAUUAUCCCAGCCAUUGCCACUACAAACGCCAUUGUCGCUGGUCUAUGCAUCCUUGAAGCAUUCAAAGUCCUUAAGGGAGACUAUGGACAGGCUAAAGAGGUGUUUUUGCAACCCUUUGCCCCCACUAGGCUUCUCGGCUCAGAUACUUCGCGAAAGCCCAACCCAGAUUGCCCUGUGUGCAGUGCUUUCAAUGUCACUAUCAAGGUUGAUCUUUCUAGGGCAACCCUGAACGAUGUUGUAGAGGAUAUUAUCAAGAAGCAGCUCGGGCUUGAAGAGAAGGAAUUUGUCCUCAGUAACGAAGUUGGUAUCGUGUACGAUGCGGAUGAGACUGAUAAUCUACCGAAGAAGCUUUCAGAUCUUGGCAUCAAAGGAGGAAGCUUCCUUACCGUCAUUGACGAAGAUGACGAUGAGCCGUUGGUUAAUAUUGUGAUCAAUAUUGAAGAAGGUGCUGUUGAGGCCCAGGAUAAGCCUGUUGAGGUCCACUUGGACAAGCAACCUGAGAUUCCUCAGAAGCCCAAGAAGGCCUUAAUUGCGACUAACGGCGGUCCUAACGGCAUCCAGCAAAACGGCAAGCCUUCAGACCUAGAUGCGCAAAGCAGGGCUCUUAAAAGAGCUCAUUCAGGUGAUGAUGCGCAAAGCCGGGUUUUCAAACGAGCUCAUCUAGACGACAAUACGGAAGGCGGGACUCUCAAACGAACUCAUCCAGGCGACGAUGCGCAGCCGGCCAAAAAAGCGAGGAUUGCCGGUGCCGAGGACGAUGAUGUUGUGCUUGUACAAGACGAUGCUGGUGCAAUUGUCAUUCCUGACGACUGA